GAAGCGGCCGCGCGCAUGCACUCCAACAGCUCCUUUAGAGGGCCGGGCUCACAUGACCCCGCGCAGUCACAUGGCUCUCCAGACAACAUGGCUGCGCCCGGUUCGGGGCUCCCUUGGCCACGCCGGUUCCCUUCAUUGCUGCUCGCACUGCCGUUGCUGCUGAUUAUUGGGGCAAUGGGAGCGGCCAGGGGCUUGGGCUCGGAGGCUGGAUCCGCCGCAGCUGAUGCGGCCCACCCGGCGGGGACAUGUGGCUGCGGCUCUCCCCAGCGCCCCGGGACGGCGGCGCACAGAUAUUCCCGGGAGGCGAACGUGGCUGAGCCGGCCUCUGCCGAACGGCCAGUGCUGACCUCGCAGAUGGCCCACAUCCCUGCAGGUGUAUUUACGAUGGGCACAGAUGAACCUCAAAUAAAACAGGAUGGGGAAGGACCUGCCAGGAGGGUCAGAAUUAACUCCUUUUACAUGGAUCUGUAUGAAGUCAGUAAUGCUGAAUUUGAGAGAUUUGUGAACUCCACUGGUUAUGUUACAGAGGCAGAGAAAUUUGGUGAUUCCUUUGUCUUUGACAGCAUGUUGAGUGAUCAGGUGAAGAGUGAUAUCCAUCAGGCAGUUGCAGCUGCUCCGUGGUGGUUGCCUGUUAAAGGAGCUAAUUGGAGACAUCCAGAAGGCCCUGAUUCUUCCAUUUUGCACAGACGGGAUCAUCCAGUUCUUCAUGUCUCCUGGAAUGAUGCAGUUGCAUACUGCACUUGGGCUGGAAAGCGGUUACCCACAGAAGCCGAAUGGGAGUAUAGCUGCAGAGGGGGCCUGGAGAAUAGACUUUUUCCAUGGGGCAACAAGUUGCAGCCCAAAGGUCAACAUUAUGCCAACAUAUGGCAGGGAGAGUUCCCUGUGAGCAACACUGGUGAAGAUGGCUAUCAAGGAACAGCACCUGUUACUGCCUUUCCUCCUAAUGGGUAUGGUCUGUACAACAUAGUGGGGAAUGCAUGGGAGUGGACCUCGGAUUGGUGGACCGUUCAUCAUUCUGCUGAUGAAACCCUUGAUCCUAAGGGGCCUCCGUCCGGGAGUGACCGAGUGAAGAAGGGAGGAUCCUACAUGUGUCAUAAGUUCCAGGUCCACGGAGUCAACAUGAAUGCAUGAGAGGAUGAAAAACGUGUAAUAUCAGUGUGAGUAUUCCUUUUGCCAGUGAAGAUGGACCUGUGGAUGAGUCGCCAUGUUAGAAACAUCAUCACUUACUGGACAACCAUUGGUGGUCAGGCCUCUUUCAGUGAGGAUGGCCCUUGGACCACAGACGGCCGAGUUAUUGCCAGCCCCAACCCCGUGGGCCUGGUAGGGCUUGUGCUUCUCCUUCGUAGCCUUUGAGGCUGCCUCCAGCUUAUAGUCCAAGGAGGCCCAGUCAACCUCAUCUUCCCUCUCCUCCAGACUGGGUUCUGGAUGGAUCCUGACCUUUGUCUAUCGUGCCAUAAAAGCCUCUUCUCUUUGGAAGUCCAUGAUCUCCAUUUUAAGGAGGAGGUUCAGGUCUUCAUUGUUUUCCAGGACACAGAGACUCUAGAUACUUCCCAGGCCUUCUCUUCUGGGCACCUCAUAACAGCAUCCUCAUCCCCAUUCCUUGGCCUCUUACAUGUGGUAUGUGCCUGGCACAUGGCAAGCAGUUAGUAAAGCUUGCUGCCUUAAAAGAGCCAUUGUGGUAGAACUUUAAGGAGGAACAAACAAAUACAGAUAUUUUUACUAGGACAUGAAAUGCCCAGUGUGCAAAGGCAGAGUUGACAGAGCUUUUCUGUGAUCUGGAGCCCUUGGGUCUGUUUUACUAGUCAGUGCCCUGGCAAAGGAGUACCAGAGCCCUGCAGUAUCUUGAACUUGGAGGAUGUACACUAUACUCCCAAAGAGUUCACUCUGUGCCACAGUAGGGCUAGAACUUUGGAAGAGAAAGCUCACGGUUCAAUAGGGACUCCCUGAGUUCUCUUUUUGGUGUAAUAAGCUUAUUUUCAUUUUAUGAUGUGGAAAUACAAUUGUUUUCUCAAUCAUGAAAUUGUUUGAAAUAAAAAAAACAAUCAAUCUUGUA